AUGAAGCAGAGAUUCUCGUCUCUCGAUGUCAUCGCUCAUGAACUCUCGAAUAGUCUCACCUCCUUACGUGUUACCAACAUCUACGACCUCUCUUCCCGCAUCUUCCUCAUCAAAUUUCACAAGCCCGAUCAUCGCGAACAACUCCUCAUCGACAGCGGCUUCAGAUGCCACCUGACCCGCUUCGCGCGCAGCACCGCCGCCGCUCCCUCCCCCUUCGUGACGCGCCUCCGUAAGUACCUCAAGACCCGGCGCGUAACCUCCAUUGCGCAAGUCGGGACCGACCGCAUAAUCGAGUUCCAGUUCAGCGACGGGCUAUAUAGGCUCUUUCUCGAGUUUUAUGCCGCCGGCAACCUUGUUCUCACAGAUCGGGACCUGAACAUCAUCGCGUUGUUCCGGGAAGUGAGCGAGGGCGCGGAACAUGAGCGGCAGAGGGUGGGGCUGCAGUACAAUCUCACCUUGCGGCAGAACUAUGGAGGCGUGCCGCCGCUGACGAAGGAGCGGGUGAUUGAGGGGUUGCAGAAGGCGAGCGCGAAGCAACAGGAUGCUGCGGCUGGUAAAAAGAAAACAAAGGCGGGUGACGCGUUGAGGAAGGCGCUGGCAGUCUCGAUCAUGGAGUUCCCGCCUAUGCUCGUUGACCACGCGCUCAGAGUUGUGGACUUUGAUACUACUCUCAAGCCGGAGCAGGUGCUUCAAGAAGACCUGCUGUUGGACAAGCUGAUGCUGGCGCUUGAGGAAGCGAGGAGGGUAAUUGAGGAGAUCACGGGCGCGGAAACGGCGAAAGGGUAUAUAAUAGCGAAGCAGAAGCAGCCGUCAACAGGAACUAAAGGUGGUGAUGGCGAGAGUGCCGAUGGUUCAUCCAGGGAGAAUCUAAUAUACGAUGACUUCCACCCAUUCCGACCAAAGCAGUUCGAAGACGACCGUUCGAACAAGUUCCUAGAGUUUGAGGGGUUCAACAAGACCGUAGACGAGUUCUACUCGUCGAUAGAGGGCCAGAAGCUAGAAUCAAAACUGCAGGAACGUGAGGACGCUGCAAAGAAGAAACUCGCACAGGCAAGACAGGAUCACGAGAAGCGCCUAGGAGGCUUACAGCAAGUUCAAGAGCUGAACGUGCGGAAGGCCCAGGCUAUCGAAGCGAAUCUAGACCGCGUCGAAGAGGCAAAAGCUGCGAUCAACGGCCUAAUUGAGAAGGGUAUGGAUUGGGUGGAUGUAGCGCGCUUGAUCGAAAACGAGCAGAAGAGGCGGAACCCCGUUGCUGAGAUGAUUAAACUGCCGCUGAAGCUGUAUGAGAACACUGCGACGUUGCUGCUCCCCGAAUUCGAUUUUGCGGAAGAGGAAGAUUUCGAAGGCGAAGAGACGGAGAGCGAGAACGGGGAGAGCGAGGAGGAACUGGAGGACUCGAAGCGGAAGAACAAGCAGACCUCACAGCCAGUUGACAAGCGCUUGACAGUGGAUAUCGACCUUGGGCUGUCAGCGUAUGCGAAUGCCCGACAGUACUACGAUCAGAAGAGGGUAGCUGCGGUAAAGGAAGAGAAGACGAUGGCGGCCUCCUCCAAGGCGUUGAAGAGCACAGAGAAGAAGAUUGAGGCAGACUUAAAGAAAGGGUUGAAGCAAGAGAAGGAUGUUCUACGACCAGUAAGAAAGGCGUGGUGGUUUGAGAAGUUCAACUAUUUCGUCUCUUCGGAUGGGUACCUAGUCCUGGGUGGAAAGGACGCGCAGCAGGACGACAUCCUCUACAAUCGGUAUCUCAAGAAAGGCGAUGUGUAUGUUCAUGCAGACUUGCAAGGAGCAGCCCACAUGGUCAUCAAAAACAAGCCUUCCACACCGGACGCACCAAUACCCCCUUCUACCCUAUCGCAAGCAGGCAGCUACUCGAUCUGCACAUCGACAGCAUGGGAAUCGAAAGCAGUAAUGUCCGCCUGGUGGAUUAACUCUGACCAAGUUUCCAAAACUGCAUCAAACGGUGACUACUUACCUGCUGGAGAGUUCAGAGUCUCAGGGACCAAGAAUUACUUGCCGCCAGCUCAGCUUCUGCUCGGGUUCGCAGUCAUCUUUGAAAUCAGCGAGGAGAGUAAGCCCAGGCAUUCGAAACAUAGGCUCCAGGAUAGGACGGUUGCAGAGGAUGUUCACAGCGCCUCCGUGGCCGUCGCUGAUGAUGGUCCAACGGAGGUGGAUGCUGCGCAAGAGCCGCAAACUGCAGAAAGCGACAGCGACAGCGACGAGGACUUCCCAGACGCAAAGCUUGAGACGGAUUCAGACGAUAGUGAGGAUGAAGAGGACAGCUCAAAGGCACGCAGCAACCCUCUCCAGUCCGAUAGCACUCCAGCCACCCAGCCGGAACAAGAUGCCAAGCCAGACGAGAGCGAUGCCGAAGACCUUCAUGAUGAAGACGACGAGCGCGCAGAAAAUGCCAUGAGCUCCGCAGCAGCUACUAUCUCGUUCAAGGGCGGACACCGUCACCUCUCAGCCGCCGAACGCCGCCGCCUUCGUAACCCCAACUCCUCCACGCCAACAACGCAGCCCACAACAGACAACGAAGCCGACACGGACAACGCCACUGGAGCCGAUGAUAUGGUCACUCAAGCGAGCUCAACAGGCGGCGCUCCCACCACCGCCAAAGCGGGACCCUUGCCACGUGGCAAACGCGGCAAAGCAAAAAAGCUCGCAACAAAAUACGCUGACCAAGACGAGGAAGACCGCGCACUCGCGCUCCGCCUCCUCGGUUCCAAGCCCUCCACCGGCGAAGACCCAGCCGUAGCGCUAUCCGGCGCCGACAAGCAAAAGCUCAAAGAAGAGGAACUCGCAGCCCAGAAGCAGCGGUGCCGCGAACAGCACCAGCGCACCCAAGCCGCCGGUAAAGCCGCCGAAGAAGCCCGCCGCGCCGCACUCUCAAACCAGGACCACGAGGCCGACGAAGGCGAAGACGAAGCCGUCAGGCUCUCACUAGUGAACCUAGACGCGUUGGUCGGGCGCUCACUGCCAGGCGACGAGAUCCUCUCCGCCAUCCCCGUCUGCGCGCCGUGGUCGGCGUUGUCGAACUAUAAGUACAAAGUCAAGCUGCAGCCGGGCGCGGCGAAGAAGGGCAAGGCGGUCAAGGAGAUUCUGGGGCGGUGGGACGCGGCUGGGAAGGAUCCGAAGAUCGUGGACAAGGCGAGUCAGGAUCCGGAGAGGAUUUGGCCGAGGGAGGUGGAACUUAUUAGGGGAUGGAGGGAUGCGGAAGUGUUUGGGGUUGUGCCUGUGGGGAAGGUGAGGGUUGUGCUGAGUGGUGGGGGCGGUGGGGGCGGCGGAGGGAAGGAUAAGGGUGGGGGGAAGGGGAAGAAGCCUGCUGCCCGAGGGGGGAGGGGCAGUAAGAGGUCAAGAUAG